ACGAAGACGAAGAAGAAGACGAAGACGGAGCAGAAUUCUACUUCUUUCCCUUCUCCGAAGUCAACAACCCGAAACCACCGAAGUUCCUCUCUCCAUAACCGAAGCAAUGGCCGUUUGCAAAGACGACGUCGAGAUGCUGAAGCCUCGUACGGACAAGAGGGAGAACCGGCAGAUCGUCCUCAAGAACUCCCUCCAAGUCCUCCUCAUUACCGAUACGGAAACCGACAAGUGUGCUGCUGCUAUGGACGUCGGUGUUGGUUACUUCUCUGAUCCUGAUGGCCUCGAAGGCCUUGCUCACUUUCUCGAGCACAUGCUGUUCUAUGCUAGUGAGAAAUAUCCUUUGGAGAAUAGUUACUCAAAGUACAUUUCAGAGCACGGAGGCAGUACAAAGGCCUUCACAGAUUCUGAGAAUACCAACUUUCAUUUUGAUGUUAAUACUGAUAGUUUUGAAGAAGCAUUGGACAGAUUUGCACAGUUCUUCAUUAAACCGUUGAUGUCAGCCGAUGCAACCAUGAGGGAAAUCAAAGCAGUUGAUUCUGAGAACAAGAAGAACUUGCUUACUGAUUAUUGGAGAAUGAGCCAGCUUCAAAGUCACAUCAGUAUGGAAAGCCAUCCUUAUCAUAAGUUUGGCACAGGGAAUUGUGAUACUUUGGAGGUUAGACCAAAGGCAAAAGGAGUGGAUACAAGACAAGAGUUGCUCAAAUUCUAUGUAGAAAAUUACUCUGCCAAUCUUAUGCAUCUAGUUGUGUACUCAAAAGAAAGUCUUGAUAAAAUACAGAGCCUGGUAGAGGAUAAGUUCCAGGAAAUUAGGAACUCUGGUAGAAGCUUCCCGAGUUUUCCUGGUCAGCCUUGUUCAUCAGAACAUUUACAGAUUCUUGUUAGAGCAGUUCCUAUAAAAGAAGGGAACAAAUUGACAAUUGUAUGGCCAAUAACUCCAGAAAUUCAUUAUUACAAAGAAGGGCCAUGCAGGUAUCUUGGUCAUCUUAUUGGCCAUAGAGGAGAAAGGUCCCUGUUUUACAUCUUGAAAAUAUUGGGAUGGGCUACAGGAUUGGAUGCUGAUGAAGGAGAUUGGACUUUAGAGUUUUCUUUUUUCAGAGUACAAUCUGGUGUUUGCAAAUGGAUAUUCGAUGAGCUUUUAGCUGUCUGUGAGACAAGCUUUCACUACCAGGACAAAGUCCGUCCUUUUUCUUACGUUGUACGCAUUGCAUCAGAGAUGCGGAUGUAUCCUCCAAAAGACUGGCUUGUGAGAUCAUCAAUGCCUUCAAAUUUCAAUCAAGACAUCAUACAGAUGGUACUUAAUGAGCUUUCUCCGGAUAAAGUCCGAAUCUUCUGGAAGUCAAAGAAAUUUGAAGGGCUUACCGAGAUGGUGGAACCAUGGUAUGGUACUGCAUAUUCCAUUGAGAAAGUCACUACCUCCAUGAUUCAGGAGUGGAUGUUAUUGGCUCCUAAUGAGAAUCUGCAUCUACCAGCACCUAAUGUCUUCAUCCCAACAAAUUUGUCACUUAAAGAUCCAGUAGAAAAGAUCAAGUAUCCAGUUUUACUUAGGAAAUCAUCCUAUUCAAGGGUCUGAUACAAGCCUGAUACAAUGUUCUCCUCUCCUAAGGCAUUUGUUAAGAUAGACUUCAACUGCCCCUACGCUAGAAAUUCCCCUGAAGCUCAAGUUCUUACAUCAAUUUUUGCCAAGUUGGUGAUAGAUUACUUGGAUGAAUAUGGUAAGUUAGAUAGCAUUCUUGUUGUGGCUUGUGAUCAAAUAAUUGAAUAAAGAUUUUGACAAUGA